GUAGGCCCCGCCCAUUUUAGGUGCUUUGAUCUUCGCCGCCUCCCUCCUACAUCGACUUGAGGUGGAAAUACUGGCCGAGAACCUUCGAAUCAUUCGGAGUCCACUGGCUUUGAGCGCUGCACGAUCGCACGAGGGCCAGGUGCCGCGUUCAAGUGAAGUUUCCGUAGUCAUUUAUGUAAUUUUUUUAAUGAAUGUUUCAAAGAAUUUGUUACGUGGACAAGUUGAUCGCUUUUCGAUAAGAUGAAACACAGUAGUUGAUCGGUUGCAGUGAUCGAUAGAUUAAAAAGUCGACGAGAUCCUGAGUGCCGCAAGGAACUUUCGAUUCGACGAACCCGGUUCGAACCAAGACAGUUGAGUGAUAUCAAAUGGUGAAAAAGUUUCAGUGUCGUCAGAUCUAAAUAAAAAAAACUAUUACCGUGAACAUUUUCAAACUAAUCGUAUGUUGACUCGGUGGAUAUAAAUGUUUCAUUCGGUGUGGAGUUCAGUUCGUACUGCAAGAACAGAAUCGAUGAUGAUUUGAUUCCUUCGUUUUCAAACAGGAGAAGAGAAACAAAACAAAAACAGUGUGAAUUUAAUCAAUGGUGAACAGUGCAUCGUUCUUCAUGUGAAAGGUUACAUCACAUACAGAAAGUGGAUGGCAUGUUCGAUCAGUUUUUUGAACGGCUGAUUCAACCGCGACUGGCUGGUAAUAAGAAAAGAAAACUCCAAAAAAUUUGGAGGAUCAGAAAAUGUGUAGUACUGAAAUGACGGAGACGUGCACCAUGUCACCGUCGACUAUAACUUCGAGUAACGCAGCUACUGUUACCGGUAGAAAAUCGAGUUGUCUCAGCUCUCCUCCGUCCCACCGAAGGAGUCCUUCGCCCAAAAGUCCGCCCCGCAGGGUCGAGGUCGUCCAGGAAGACGAAGAUGAGAUAUCCGUAGGAUGUCCGAGUCCUCUUCCUCUCGUUGUGGUAACUCCAAACGAAGAUGAGGAAAGGUACAGUCCAUCGAGAGAGGAUUACAGCGAAAGAUUGAGUCCUAGAAGUUACCAAGAAGAGAUGGAAGAUGACGAGCGAUACUCCAGAGAUGUUGACUACCGGAUGUCCGGUUCGGCAAGGUUAUCCGAAGGUCGCGUCCAGUUGGAUAGGGACGUUACGACCUUCAGAGAGGACGACAGAAUAGUCGCACCGACGACGGGAGGACCUGACGACUACUUCAAACCUCUGAAAAAACUGAAAAUGGUACAAAUACAGCAAUCCGACGAGGAGGAUGAACGAGAGAGGGAUGCCAGUGAACGCGGCGUGAAAUCAUUCAGUAUUUUGGACAUCCUGUCGCACAGACCAAAGGCGAAAAUUGUCAGACCUUGGGACACCGUUGAGUCGAAUCAUUCGCACCUUAAUCAUCACCAUCACCAUCAUCAUCACCAUCAUUCGAGACCUAGAGAUCUUUCACUGGUUGGAAUGUCGCUGGCUUCUAUGUCCGGGUCGAUGAGUGAACCGCCACUUAGCAGUUCUUCUUCCUCCGGAAGAAGUUCGGUAUCGGAUUCCGGAAGUCCCGAUCCUCUGACGCACCAUCAUCACGCUCUCCAUCACGGUAUGCAUCCCGGACUCCACCACCACAUGCAGCAAUUCAAGAGGAAAAUGCCGCAACAGCACAACUCACAGGGGGGUCAAAACAGCAAAAGAAGUCCCGGCCAAGGAAGUCCGUUGGACGCGCUGUUUCAGAUGACCAGUAAAACAUUCGACGCGGGAGAACACAGUCAAGAACAAGCGAAUCAUUUGAAUUUGUUCAACAAUCGUCAACAGCCAAAAAAGAAGCGGAAGUCACGCACGGCUUUUACGAACCAGCAGAUAUUCGAGCUGGAGAAAAGAUUUUUAUAUCAAAAGUAUCUGAGCCCGGCCGACAGGGACGAGAUAGCGGCUCAACUCGGCCUAAGCAACGCCCAGGUAAUCACUUGGUUCCAAAAUAGAAGAGCGAAAUUAAAGAGGGACAUGGAAGAAUUGAAAAAGGACGUACAAACCGUCAAUCCACUUCUAGUAGCCCAACACCAUAAAACUUUUUUAGAAAAUGUACAGGAUUUGGGUAUACUUAAAAAAAGGCCUCUGCCCAAUUCUAUGGACGAGAAAUCUUAGAAAUUAUUCUUAUCGUCAUCAUCGUCAUCGUCGUCGACGUUAUUCUUGUCGUUGUUACCGCUAUUGUCAUUAUCCACUUGGAAUAUGCGAUCAUACUUUUUUCAACGUUCACACGAACGUAGAUAUAUAUCGAAUGAAAUGUCCAUCGUAU